AUGUCCUACUACAACCAAGGCUACGGUCAAAAUCCCGGUGGAGGAGGUGGCGGCGGCGGCGCAUCGAACCUCCAGUUCUAUCCAUCAACAUAUUCGAAUGUUUCGGGCCACACGACGCCGUCACAGGCUUCAUAUGGCGGGUACGGCUCAGGAAGCACCGCUCCUGCGUAUGCGGGAUAUGGCGCAGGCUCGUCGGCGGCGUUUGGCGCUGUCCCGGGCAUGCAGGGAGUGAGCGGGCGGAUGGGAGAGUCUGGAGGCUUGCGGACUGGCUGGCUGGCUGCGUUUGGCACCGAGGGCUAUGAUGGCGAGCCUGGAUUGAUGGAAGAGUUGGGCGUCAAUUUCGGCCACAUCAAAACCAAGACCAUCGCCGUGUUGAACCCGUGGACGAGACCUUCACCACACAUCAUGGACGAUAGCGAUCUCUACGGCGGCCUCCUCUUCCUCGUCCUCUACGGCACCUUUCUGGCCCUGUCGGGCAAGUUCUUCUACGGAUACAUCUACGGCAUCGCCUUGUUCGGGUCCAUAGCUCUCCACUGGAUGUUUGCUCUCAUGACACCUCCCGUCGACCCCAACGACUCCGACCAGAUGGCCCAGGCACAGAGAGACCACGGCGAUGGCGGCACUUCCCGUGCCGGCGGACAUUUCUCGAGCACAUUGACCUAUUCCCGGAGCGCGAGUGUUCUCGGGUAUUGUUUUCUCCCGCUGGUCUUCACCGCGCUUUUCGGCGUCGCAUUGCCAAUGGACACUGCGGUUGGGUACGUUACUACGGCGUGUGCUGUCGGAUGGUGCACUUUUAGCAGCUCCGGGUUGUUUGUUAGUGUGGGCCGGAUGAAGGGGAUGAGGGGUUUGGUCGCUUAUCCUCUUGCGUUGUUUUACGUCGGGUUCGGAAUCAUGGGCAUCUUCUCGUCCCGCGGAAGUGGCAUGCUCGAGGGUAAAGUCCUGUGA